AUUAAUUAUGGCGGCAGGUAUGUGGCGAACGAACUCGUGCCAAUUACCACCAGCCAUCACAGAAAGGAGUUGCAACGUGGGAUAUUUUUAAAGAUUUGGCCAAUUUGCAGAAUACCCUGCCACUCAUUUACAUGUCAUUGGAUAAGAAAAGCGUCUAUUGUGUUAUGCCUCGUUCUUGAAAGCCUCACGACACAUGUAAAUGAGGUGGACCAAAGUGGCAGGGUAUUCUGCAGUUACUCCAAAGAUUUUAUCUUGAGGUGAGAGGAAAAGCUGAUUAGAGCUAUUUAUGACGAGUUGAUUUCACUACGUUUUUCGUUUAUCAAGCCACAGGAGGUGCAAUACAGCCGCCCUUUGACUUUGCCCUUUGGGAAAAUAUUUGUCAAAUGUUCCUGAAUAUGAAUUUCUCUUCUUCAAAAAGCUCAGUUCAAUAGACACUUCAACGAAAAUGUUGUCAACCUGUUCGUAACAUGCACAGUUCAUCAAAAUAUUCCUGAAUAUGAAUUUCUCUUCUUCAAAAAGCUCUGUUCCAUACACGCCUCAUCGGAAAUGUUGUUAACCUGUUCGUAACAUGCACAGUUCAUCAAAAGAGCCUAAGAGUGAAUUCGACGGAGAGCAUGAAAUCUAUGAAACUGUGUCUGCUGUCAUACCUGAUCAGCAGCAAUCAUUUUUAAUUUACCACGGUAGCUGCUGACAAAAAUAUCAGCCAGAUACAUGUAGGUCUUUGUUAUACAGUUGCACAGUAUACAGAAUUCAUUUCCUAGGCAAACUUUCAACCCCAGGAUCCUAAGAUGGGGUUUUUAGUGGGCUUGUAAAUAAUUUAACGUGAACAAGACCCCAGCUGGGCAGGUUAACCAACCUUGAGGUGGUUACAUGGUGAAUAGCUGGCAGACCAAGCAACACCCCUUCUAUCAUGAAAACAUGAUCAAGAUUAAAUAAGAAAUUAGAUGGACAGGUGGGUUUCUCCACCUAGAUGGGUAUCUCAACUACCUGGGGCUCCCCCACUUUCAUGUAAACAGGCCCUAAUUAAAAGGAGGGGAAAUGCUUUAAAAUGCAAAACAAUGCUACAUUUGUGUGGUAUAUACUUAUUUUGUAGAGAGAUUGUCUGGUCUUCUCAAUGGUGAUCCAUUGUUUUGAUUAAGUAGUCUGUCAGGAAUGUUACAUAAGGAAAGUAGCAGCUGUGAGGAGAGAAAUGAUUCAUGUAAUUGCAAAUGUGACAGGGGCUUAAGAAAUUUUCCUUUGCUCUUCAGUUGAAGGUUUGUCUUCUAGUAUGUUACCACUUCUUCUAAGUGCUGGUCAUUUAUGUUAACCUAAAUAAAAAGAUAGGGAUUCAUUCUUUUCUUUUUAUUUUAACAGACAUCAAAAUACGAUCGUAUUGUAAAAGUGCCUUUGGGUUGAAGGAUGUUGAUGUUAUUUGGAUACCGCUUGCACAGAGGAAUUCUUCAUCUUGGGCUAUCUACAGGAUAUCAUAUUGUCCUACAUGUUCAAGUGUCAGCCCAGAAAAUGAACAGUAUCGAUUGGGUUGCAUACUGAACACAACACAGCAUCAAUUACAGAAAGAGUUGCAAUGUAGAAUGACUGAAGUGUCACUUUUCCCUAACAAUUUUUAUUAUAAGGUGGAGUUACAAAAUUUAUCUGGAGUCUUCGUAAGCCAGCGUUUAGCAUGCCGAACAAGAGGUAUGGUAUAAAGGGAAACACCUUAAUAAAUUCACCUAAACAAAUUCCUUGAGAAAAAGACUUUUCAGAUGCUAUCCUCAAUUGUGGCCAGAGUUUUAGCCUGAGUGGACCAACCAGUUAUACCUUGGGAAUUUUGGUUAUCAUUUGAGUGAGGUGCAAUAAAAGCUAACUACAGUGGGAUCGAAUGUCAAACAUGAAAGCCCUCCAAAAGGAGUAGAGCAACAGGCUACCACUGGAAAUAAAGUCUGUGAGAACAACUCAAUUUUAAUGCCAAAUUGUGGUCAACAAACUUCUGUUGCACCUCACCAAACCAAAAAUUGUAGUUGUAAAUGGAGCAAGAAUAGGCUUUAAACUACCCACCAUGACCAACAACUGCUCCAAAAGCAAUUUACAACAAGCCAUGGCCACCUCUUUGCCCACUUCCAUAGUUGGAUCCAGCAAUGAAAUAUUUCUUCCUUGAUUUAUUUUGUCUUGCAUGGUGCAUUUCUCUCAGACGGAAGGACUGAUUCUAAUUUAUAUUCAAGAGUAGAAAUUAAAUGUAAGAGGUUUCCUUUUUUUUUUUUUUUUUUCAAAUUUUUCUCUGUGAGAAUAUUCUCUAGUCCUGCUGCAAGGGUUGUACUCUGAUUAACCCAUUUACCCCUAAAAUGUAAAUAUAAAUUCUCCCCACUGUUUUGCAUUGAAUUUCUGAGACUUUAGCUGUGAGAAUAUAGUGUUUAUGAUAUACAUAUCCUCUAGUUACUAUUUUACUUUCUUUUCAUCACUUUCCUACUUGAAAGGGUAUUGUUAUUGCAGGGCUUAAAUUCCCUUUUGGUCACACCUGGGUGUGGAAGGGUUAAUGUGGCACAGUUGGUUAUUUAUUUCAUUUAAAUUUUUAUUUUGUUUAUAUAUAACUUAUUAUUUGAUUUUAAUUGUUAAUUUGUUUAUAUAUAACUUAUGUCUAUAUUUUUCUUACUUUGAUGUAAGGCCUCUAUGUUACUGUACAUAUGUACCGUUCUAUUUCAUAAUUUGUCCCCAAAUAGCUCAUAUAACUAUAGUGUAUUGAAACUUAAAUAUAAAUAACUAAAGUUUACAAUUAUAAGUUUUAUUAUUAUUGGUCUAUCAAAAAUUAUUGGUUGGAGCCCCAAUUCUACGGUAGUGAUUAUAUUCUGAUCCCUAUUUAAUAGCCUUCAACUGGUUAUUUGCAUGCAAAAAUUGCCUAGUUAAACAUAUUUUGAGUCAGAUCAUAUUUUUUAAAUCACAACUUUGCAACUUUGUUGUAUUAUCCUCUCAUUGAUUUGUUGAAGUUCACUGUACAAGGCCUCAAAACCUGACAGCCAAAGCAAUUAGGAAAAGAACUGUGUCACUUUCAUGGAAACCUGCACCUUUUAUGGGAAGAUAUACUGACGCCUUGUGUUAUAAAAUUUGGUAUGCGGCUGCAAAUGACAAAAAAAAUGAGGUAAAUUUUACUUCUCUUUUUUUUUUCCUACAUUUAUUUUUACAGUGGCUGCUUUAUAGUCUGCACACAGCAAAAAUGUAAAGUAUUUUAAAUUUCUGUGAUGAUUUUUACUUGCUACCUCAGAGAAUAUCUGUUCACCUCCUAAGCAUUUUUUUAUACCCCUUCCUCCUCUCUCUGGAAACACUGGUUGUUCCUCCCAACUUCUUUGACCUUAUGACCUCUUCUUUUUCUUGACCUCACUUCCUCCUUCUCCCCCUUGAAGCUUAGUGACUACUAGUCUCAACCUUCUCUCUACCUUUUGUUGAAUUUCAGUCAGUACAGAUACCUUUAAGGAGUGAAUCCUGGAUCAUUAAAUCACGUAUCAUUAAAUCACGGAUCAUUGAUGACCUUUCUCCAUACACAGAAUACAAGUUUUAUAUCCAGUGUAGCUUGCCAAGCUGUAAAGGCGGUUGGGGAUUGGUUGAUGGGCCUGUUACUGCCCAAACUCUUGAGGAAGGUGGGCUUAGCUCAGCAAUUAAUUUUGUUUCCAACGUUUAAUCAUGUCACUAGUAUUUGUAAAAAUCUUAGUUGAUUUCCUCAACAAGACUUUUUUUCUUGUUCUAUUUUGGUCACCUGAUUGCAGCAAUACUCACCUCUUAUACUUUUAUGUAAAUAAACAGUUUACUAUGGGAAGUCCAAAGGAGGCUUUUUGCAGCAGGCCUAUAAUAAAAUCUAGUUUAGUCACAAGAAAAUAGUUAACCCUUUAACUCCCAGAAGUGACCAAGACAGAAUUUCUCCUUUUAAUAUCAAUACAAAACCAAGCGAUAAGUGAUGAGAAUAAAGAAAAAUAUCAGUUAGGGGAUUAUAAGUUGAUUGCAUACCAAAUUUCUCAAACUAACAUCACAAGAACUGUAUUGGAGACAGUAAGGAGAAUUACUAAUGAGAUCUUGGGAGUUGAGGGUUAAAGGUUGGUUACAGCCAUCUAAACAAACUCCUUGUGAGCAAUAGAAUAAAGGUGGUACAUUUGUAAAUGUACCAUGUAAUUUGCAACCAUAAUGUAAAUUGGCUACCAUAAAGAGUUUCAAAGCUGACAUUUUGAGCGAAUAACAAAGGGCUAAUGCUUGAAACGUUAGUCUUUAAACUUUUUACAGUGGCCGAUUUACAUUAUUAACUCAGUUAACAAAACCAAACUAUCCAUGUAGGUAACAGUUUUUGACUGUCAACGGUAAAUGAUUAAAUGUCUAGCAGUUUUAAAGAUCUGGUUUUGAAUCUGGUUUUGCUUAAAACAAAGGCUGAAAUGUACGAAAAUAUCUAAAUUGCAACAGUGAUCAGUCCAGGAAAUGUAAAUUUAGAAAUGUUGGGAUAAUAAGGUGCCUGUGUAGACACUCGGGACCCUAAUUCUAACAUAGUCACCAAUACCUUACGUCAGAACUAGCUGGCUCAAUUAGUCAGGAGUUUCAAGUUAAUGUGCUGUUCAAAGUGGAUUCAAUUAAGAUAUUGGUUUAUUGUGCUAGCAGGGAAAAAUGUUUUUGUAUAGUUAAUCACAUGAUUUCGAGUGCAAUUUGGAACAAAUAAGCACGAGUAAAUUUUUUUAAAGACUAACAAAAUUGCACGAGCCCGUAGGGCGAGUGCAAUUUGUGAUCUUUGAAAAAAUUAACAAGUGCUUAUUUAUUCCAAGUUGCACGAGAAAAAUCGUGUGAUUACGUGUUAAUAAUAUACAUGGAAAAAUACGAGAUGGCUUAUCAUAAUUAAGCAUAAGCAAAGCGCGCGCAUCAAAUGCAAAAAUAAUUUAUUCAAACCGUGCGUUCGGUCAAAUCAACUGCGUACGAUCAGCUGCGGUGGCGAAAGAAAACCUACUUAAAACGCCGGCCAUUGUUUCGCUCGCAAAUCUUCAAAUUUUGUUGCGACAUCCAAGGCUCGCAUUUGAUUGGCUAUCUGUGAGUUUCUUUGAUUAUUGACCAAUUAGAAUGUCUGAUUUGUUACUUUCUUCGCACUGAAUUAACCCUCUUCUGCACUGAAUUAACUCUCUUCUACACUGAAUUACCUGAAAACUGCAUUUAUCUUAACCAAUCAGAACUGAGUAAUUUUUUCAUAUAUAUUUUUAGCUAGGUAAUGAAAUUCUGUCAAUCAACGAAUAGGUUUUGAUGUGACUAGUUAGACCUGGUAAUGCUUAACUCGCCCAAAGUGAGCUUGUUUGUUUGUUUUUAAAUUUAUUAUUUUAAUUGAUUGCCUUCAGCACCAACUCAAGCUCCACAGUUUAGCAACUGGUCAGUAACUAACACACAAGAAGAGAAACGGGAUGUUACAGUUGUAUGGCAGGUAAUGCGUGCCUCUCUUUUUAGAGAGCAAAAUAUACAUUUAGGUAUACUUGUUUACUUGUUUUUUACCAGGCGUGUGGUAAAAACGGUAAAAGAUUAACCCUUUCCACUCUAACAUCAAUAUGCAAACUCUCCAUACUACGCUCUAUACUUUUCCUAAGGUGCUGACAAGGAGAAUUUGUUUAUGAUGAUUUCCUUUAUUCUCGUUACCUAAAUGUGCGAUUCGGGGAUGAUAUUGGAAAGAGAAAUUAGGUGCUAAUUGCUCUUAGGGGUUAAAGGGAUAAGCCAGCGCUCAGGUAACCGUUAGUCUAACGCUCUUUUAUUGGAGUUUAUGAUAAAUGGUGAGUUUAACCCUGUAACUCCCAGAUCAAAUUUGUAAUUGUCCUUACUGUCAACCAUACAAUUCAUGUAAUGUUAGUUCAGAGAAUUUAGUAUUGGAUCAACUAAUUAUCCCCAAAUUGAUAUUUUUCUUUAUUCUCAUCCCUUAUCUGGUUGAUAUUAUAUUGAUAUCGUAAGGAGAAAUUCUGUCUUGGUCACUCAUGGGAGUUAAAGGGUUUAUAUGGAUAAUAUGGUUCUGAAUACAGGCGUAUGGAGUAGAGUGAUUUAAUCAUUAUGUACAACAGAAGGGGAGCACAAACUGCACUUACUUUCAGCUGACAAUUCAGCUCAGAUAUCCCUGGACGUCGGCUCGCCCAUUGCGUAUAGCUUUGUAAAAACGUAAGGCUAAAUUAUCAAAUAACUUUCCUCGUUCAUAGCUGCCACCUUUGACUACGUGGAAUGGCGUCCCUAAUAGAUUCAACAUAGACUACUGGAAGACCACAAAGCAGAAUGAUUCGUCGGUUCCAAUCCCCAACUCCAUAAAGAGCCUGCAAAUUAACGACAGCUCGGCGACUGAAGCAACUUUACGUGGGUUAAAUCGUUAUGUUGAGUAUCAAACACAAAUCAGUAUGUGCACAGCCGAGGGAUGUGGACCGAAAAGUGUUCCUUGGCCCUUGGAAGGUUUGUCGUUGUGUGUUCCAUUUGAACGGUACUUUUGCAGUGGGCGGAUAAACUCAGGCUUAUUGUAAUUUGUUGUGAGAUAUUGUUAAGAGGUAAAAUAGUGAGAAUUGAAGCGACUAAGCGGCAAGAUAACAUUGUGGCUUUUUCUUUUUUUUCUUCAGGCGAGGAGGCCGGGGAGAAUGAACCCUAUGUUGAUAGUCUUUCUCUCGAUAGUCCAUUUAUCUGGAUUGUACCUGUAGUAGUAAUUACUUCUGUGCUUUUCUUGGGCGUCGUUAUGGCGGCGAUUUACUUGUACAGGAAUUAUAGAGUUAGGUAAGUCUUUUUGAUUGUUUUUAUUAGUACUUUUAUUAUUUUCCUUAUUUUAUUUUUAUUAUUUUCCUUGAACUGUUUCGUUCCGUAGGAGAAAAACCUUGAAAUUUGUGAGUUGAAAAGAAUCUUGUUAUCUAACGGAGACUAGGACCAAUCCAAAGAUGGUUUUCGCUCUGAGACAUUAACUGCAAUUUGUAAUCUAGAGGAAUUGUUGACUGGAUAUGCUUUCCUUUCCGUAAGCUCCUUCACUCCUUCUUUUUGUAGGCGACAACAACCACCAUUGCGGCAAAGAAUACAGUUGGUAAGGAAUGUGGUGCGUCUUCUUUUUUCUUCUGUUUCCUUAAUUCACCCAUCACUAGGCUUGAGGUUUGAAGUUGGUUAGUUAUAAAACUCCUCACAAACCGUUCUUUAACUUUAAAGGCGUUUCUAUUGCAGGCCAUGGUGCAGUGGGCGCAAAAUUUUGAUGUUAGUUGUAAAAUUCUAGUGAUUAUUGUUAAGCUCUAGUGCAGGUUUUUUUGUAACUUUGAGAUUUUUCUCACAACGAUCUCUUCCUAUUUAGGAACCGCUGUAUGAGGAUUUAGAAAAUGCAGCUUCAACCUCGGGAAAUACUUACUACGACCGUAUACAUUCCCAUGGAGACCUCACGGAUCCUCAAUUGAUAAUCCAAGAUGGUGGUGAUUCAAAUUAUCGUGUUUUAGUAGCGGACGAUUUACAUGGUGCAACUUUGUCGCGGUUGACAAGCUUGUAACAGGCCUACGACAAUUCUUAGGACCAUUUACACGCGCACGACAUUUCCUCUUACGACAUACCAAAAUUGCGUACAAUUUAACAACUCCUUAAAAUAUUCUAGUGUCGGCUAUUGAACAGGACUUCUUCACCCCACAGCGAGAUUAAUUUCUCUCUGUCUCAUCCUCUAAAAAAGUUACCUUCGCUUGUGUAUUCGACGACUUACCAUCGACUGCAACUUCGUCAGUCCGCCAUUUUGGCGCAAGAAAUCUUUACUUUCCUCCCCCCCCCUACUGAAUGGAAAUUUGUCACAAAAGACGUUAUCUUUACCGCUUUCGGCUACGAUUGUCGCAGCGUUUUAUAACGUGUUUUAAAAUCCAACAAUCUUUUUUAAAAGAACUUGUUUUACUUAUUUAAGGUUCUAGAAGGAACGGUAUAAAAAUUCCUUUUUUAUGUUCAAAUUCAUUGCAUUUUAGGUUUUUUUAAUGCUUCGUCAUUUUAAUUCUACUGAUGUGUUCACUUGGAUAAUCUUGCUCAGAUUUACUAUCAAUUCGUGUUUCUCCCUCCUUAUAGAAGCUUAAAAUUGAGGAGAAGAAAGAUUGAUUUCGAUUCUCAACAGUGCUUAUUCGCACGUGUAUCCUGAAUGUUAUUCUGUUCCAAUAUUUGACGAUAUUUUCACUAUAAAUUGAGAGAGAGACGAGGAGAGAGAGAGGCAUUUCUAAGAAGUGAAUGCCUUAAACAAAUUAUCCAAAGACUCUCGAGUAUCAGAGGAAAAACUGAGAAGAACAAAGUUUAGUGACAAUGACUUCGAAUUGGUAUCCAUUUGAAGCACUUAGAAAAAUGUUUUUAAAAUGUGUAAAGGGGAAGUGUACAGUUUUACUUUUUGCUUUUUAGUUAGUUCUGGUUUAGAAGGUGAACUCAAGUUUUCCGCUAUUGAAUUACCAAAGAAAUCUAUCCUGUCUUUGACGCCCCACUUCAUUGGAUUUGCCUGUCCGUCUCAAAAGCUUAGACUUCAAGUUAUUUAAAACCAAUCUAGUUGGUUCUUAUUUGAUAUUCCAAAUUAUUUUUGCGAUAUAGAAAUGAGACAAGGAUUAGAUUUCCAAGAAAUGUAACAGGGCUGCUUUAAAUACUCAAGAGUCCAGUACCUCGUGCGGAAAGAAGAGGAAUUUUAAAAACAUAGUUUUGAGUUUUCCACUUUGACUGUGUGAACUGAAUAGUGAAUAUUAGCUGACUUUUUAUCAUGGAAUUUUUAAAUGCAGUUAAGUCGAAUGAAUGUCACUUUUCGAUGUAAUUUUGUCGGUCUGUAAAGUAGCUGAUUUUCAAACAACGAUUCAUUGCCUAAGGGGUUCGUUGGCAAAGUUCACAAACAGAAACUUGACACUUAUGGAAAAUGUUGUAGUUCGUCGUGGUUUUGUAGAUAAAUGAAUGUUUAAUCUUUUACUUGCCAAUGUAGAGUUAGGCUGGAAAUUGCACCGAUCGAGAUGUUUCGACUGCUAGUCCCCUAGUCGUCCUAGUUGCCUGGCGACGAAAUCAAUUGUUUACAUGUCGCUUCUUGUAUAACCUUGGUUUGUAAUAAAAAAAAAGACUUCACCUCGCAUAUGUUUAUAGGAGAAAAUUCGAACAGGAGGAAAAAAAGCGUCGAGGGAGUCCACAUACCUGAAACUGCCUUGCCCGAUGUUCAAAC